AUGCUAAGUUUUCUCCUGUGCUUAUCUAAAAGUAAAAAAGUUACUGUUGAUAUAACAUGCAAUAACGCAACAUGCAAUAAAGAAAUUCUUGACACGACAUCUUAUGCAAGAUACGACAGAAUGGCAGUAACAAUGAAAAUGACAGGCUGGAAAUUGAAAUCAAACUAUGACAUCAAAACAUUUGCUUCAGCAACAGAAACAAACAGUACAUACUUUGAUUAUGUCGAGAAAUACAUGAGAUUUUAUCCAAAAGUUGAUGAAUUAGCACUCCUCCAAUGGCAAGAUGAAAACAGAACUAUGUCCAGAUUGUUCAAUAGUACUGUUCUUUUAUAUGUCGGUGAUAAUAUUUCAAGCACAGGCGAAUCUGCAUAUCGUCCAUCAGGUUAUCCUAAUUACACAACACAAUUUUACAGUGUCAGAGUAAUCCUUGAUAAGGGUGUUAUCAACACAGCUGAGUAUGAUCCACUCUUUUCAACAUCUUCCUGCACAGCUGAAAUUAAUGACCAGGAUGCACCAAAGUUACAAUAUCGCUGCUCUAAGAAAUCACCUAUAGUCGAUGAGUACGCUGACAACAAUACACAGUUAAUCAGAGUUUUCCUUGCAUUUGGCGGAACUGAUUCAAAGAGCGUCCCAUGCGAGUCGCUACAGUUUUUACCAUCAACAUUCGUCAAGUUCGGUGUUACAGAUGCAGUCAAUUCUAUAAUUAACACGUUCAAUAAUGCCAAGGAUUGGGUUACUGAUCUUUUCUCUGUCUGGUAA